AUGAUUCCAUUGAAGUUUACUGACGAUAAUGCGUCAACCCAUGAGUGUCUACGCACCUGCGAGUGGCCUCCUCGGCCGCGCACCUGUCGAUAUGAGUUCACUUUAGAGUGGUAUCACACCAUCUCCACUGCGUGCUUCGAUUGCCCUUUCAACGUUUCUGAUUGUUAUCGACCAAACUGCAUAGCCAUCAAUGGGGAGAAGCGAGCUGUAUCUGUUGUUAAUCGGCAGUUUCCGGGACCGAGCAUACAGGUUUGUGAAUGGGACACCAUUGAAGUCAAAGUCGAGAACAACUUGGUGGGCAGUGAAGGCGUGACAAUCCAUUGGCAUGGUUUGCAUCAACGUGGGACACCUCACAUGGACGGUACACCGCUCAUCACCCAGUGUCCUAUCUCAUUCAGAUCCAGCUUCACCUACCGAUUCCAAGCACUGAUGCCUGGUACCUACUUCUGGCAUGCUCAUAGUAUUCUUAGGGCAGACGGUAUCGUAGGUUCACUCGUCAUUCGACAGGCAGCUCCAAGAGAUAUUCACAGUAGUUUGUACGACCACGAUCUGCCGGAACACGUCAUUAUCAUGCAAGAUUGGGUCAACCAACUAUACGUGGAAAGAUUCGCCAGGCUCGCCUUUCACGACAUACAACAGGAACCAGAUUCUCUGCUGUUCAACGGCAGAGGGCGGUAUUUCAAGUUCAAAGGCACAUACUAUAACAAAACCGUCUAUACUCCCCGACAUCUUAUUCACGUAAAGCAAGGCGAGAGAUACCGAUUCCGUGGCAUCAGUAACACUGUCAUGACAUGCGCCUUCGAGGUGUCCAUUGAUGGACACAACAUGACCGUCAUCGCGAGCGAUGGUGCUCCUGUUGAACCGCUCGAAGUGGGCGCCUUUGGCAUAACUAGUGGGGAAAGGUACGAUUUUGUCCUUGACGCCAAGGCUGAUGUUGGCAAGUAUUGGAUGCGGUUAUCAGGUCAGGAUGCAUGUAAAGACAUGCACGAGUUAGCUCUGGUGGUGUAUGAGGGAGCCGAAGACCACCCCGAUCCAGAGGAAGAACCAGAUUAUUCCACUCGCUCCGGAAUACUUUUAAACCCGUAUAACAUGAAGGGUACUGCAAACAUUCUGAAUAUCAAUCAACUAAAUGCCACAGGGCAAGAUUCCAGCAAAGACACAAUCCCAGAGGCUGAUGUUGUCUACUACAUUGCUCUCAACAAAAAGUUGGUGAUCAAUUCCUCUGCUGUGAAUGAGCACAGCAAACCGACCAUCUUCGGCCAGCUGUAUGCGCAACUCAACCACAUCACGUUCAGACCCCCAUCAAGACCACUUCUCACACAGUCUCACGAGAUCCUGGAGCACGAAUUCUGCAACUAUGAAAGUGUUAUGGCCCAUCAGGAACGUUGUACGAAGCAGCAGUGCGAAUGCACGCACACCUUACAAAUUAAUAUGGGACAGGUGGUAGAGUUAGUGUUAGUCGACGAUGCUAGAACCUACGCCCAGGCGCACCCUAUGCACCUUCAUGGCUACAGCUACCACGUCCUGGCAUUUGAUGUACUUGGCAACUCGACUACCAUCGAAAAGGUCAUUCAGCUGGACAAAGCAGGGAAAAUUCAUCGCCGGACCGUGAAUACACCAAUCAAAGACACCGUAAAUGUACCGGUCGGAGGUUAUGUUGUUGUGCGCUUCGUGGCAGACAACCCCGGCUGGUGGCUGUUUCACUGUCAUUCGGAGCCGCAUUUAUCAGCGGGAAUGUCCAUGGUUAUCCACGUUGGUACAGAUAACGAUCUACCGCCAAUCCCUCGCGAUCUACCCCGAUGUGGUGGUGACUGGUAUCCCAAAGACACAUGAAACAGUUGGAUCCAAAACUGAUAAUAAGGCCAUUGCCGCGUUUCAAUUAAAAUUCUCUCGCAAUACCCAUCUGGUUCUCAGAGAGGUCUUUAAAUAAGCCUGAAAUUAAUUUAAAUUCUAAUACACGUAUUUAGGCAAUGGAGUCUCUGACAUUAAUUUAAUUUCUAAUAUUUAGGCAGUGGAGUUUCAUUGCUGCAAAAGUGAAGAAAAAUGCGACAUUGGUGCGAAGCCUACCCACCUAUGUUUGUUCUGCUAAUUGUGUCAUUGUUAAUAAAUACGACGCACAUCCUAAAAUCAUCAA